AUCAGAGAGAGAGAGAGAGAGAGAGAGAGAGAGAGAGAGAGAGAGAGAGAUGAGUCAUUGCGCAGCACCAGAUUGGAAUCUGAGGCAACAAAGACAAGAACAAGUCGAAGGAGGGUAUGGGAAUAAUAGAUCCUCUCACGUGCAGAUGCCCCAGAUUCAUCCCCAUCAUCAUGCUCACUAUUCUUCUUCCUCCAUCUCCAAAAGAGAGACUAAUGCAUAUGAAGAGCUUGAACAUACAUGCCAGGUCAAAUCAUGGAGUUGCAGAGCUGACAUGGGAGAAUGGUCAACUAGCCAUGCAUGGCCACGGCCUAUUAAAGCCCCCACCAUUGGGAAGCAGCGAUACACUAGAGUCCAUCGUCCACCAGGCCACGUGUCACAAGAAGAACCCACCAUCAUCAUCAUCGCAUCGCAUGAGACCAUCAUCAUCAGCUGGUGGCAUAUUGGACAAGAGCCAUCCCAGCCUGCAAUGUCCGGUGAGCACUUACUUGGUCAAGAAAAGGAAGCUGUCGGACUCCGAGCCCGUUCAUGCUGUGAAGAAGAACUCCGGCAAUGGCGUUGGUGGGGGUACCAAUAGAGAGGAACGUAGCAAAUGCAGAAGCGCCGGCGCGGCGAUUUGCAGGGAUGACGACAUGACGAUGAUGACGUGGGCUUCCUUCGAAUCCCCCACGAGCUUCAAGACUAAAGCCACAGACGAGGACGACUCAGCUUCUCGUGGCGAAUCGGAAAAUCAAGAUGAAGAUGGUGAGGAUAAAGGUGAAAUUGGCCCUUCACGAUCAACCAGGAGAAGUAGAGCUUCUGCCAUUCAUAAUCUCUCGGAGCGGCGACGUAGAGAUGGGAUUAAUGAGAAGAUGAAGGCCCUGCAGAGGUUGGUGCCCAACGCAAACAAGACCGAUAAGGCUUCGAUGCUGGACGAGGUGAUAGACUACUUGCAGCAACUCCAAGCGCAAAUCCAGAUGAUGAGCCUCCGCAACGACAUGCCCCAGAUGAUGCUGCCCAACGUGGCGAUGCACCACCAGCAACUCCAGAUGUCCCUCCUCGCGGCGCGCACUGCUGGGGUCGGGCUCGGGAUGCUUGACAUCAAUCCCAUGGCGCGUGCUGCAGCUGCGGCAGCAGCAUUUGUGCCGCAACCCUACAUGGUGCCCCCGCUUGUGGCUGCACAGCACUUUCAAGCUGCGGCAGCAGCAUUUGUGCCGCAGCCCUACAUGGUGCCCCCGCUUGUGGCUGCGCAGCACUUUCAAGCUCAAAUGAAUCCGGAAGGCAGGACCAACGCUCCGGUGCUGCCCGUGCCGGACCCUUAUUGUGCCUAUCUUGCACGAAAUAUGAACAUGGAACACUUCAACAAGAUGGCUGCGCUUCAUCAGCAACAGGUCCAUCAAACAGCUCAGGCGAGCAGUCCUUUGCAGUCGAAUCGUGCAAAAGGAGAAUGAUCUUUCUCUUUUCAAUUAGUGAUAAGGUGAGAAUAAAGGGAAUAAUAGAAGAAACAUUCUAAGAACUUGUUGAUAGCCGAGCAUGCGUGAGUAAUGGAGACUUCAGUCUGUACUUUGCAAUUCAUAUGAUGUUUGUGGUUCAGAUACUAGUUAAGAAAAGCAAGAUAGGAAGUAAUCGAUGUACCCUACCUAAGCUAAUACUAUUUACUCGAUUCUGCA